GUAUGCAGAUUCAAAUGCAGAAGUCUAACCACUGAUGAUGUAGGUGCAGCGAUUGGAUAUUAUUCAAUUUGCAUGAUAGCCUACUACUUUGAUUUUCUAGAAACUCAUACAGCGUGUACCCGGUGACCUCUGGACGUCGCGCGCUGCCUCUGCCUCUGUAUGAGCCCGGCUAUGUUGUGUAUAUAAGCGGCUGCUUACAGUAGCACACCAGCUGAUCAGGACGGGAUCUACCGGCCAACGUCUGUCUUAAUCAAACCGAGGCACAUGCACGUGCGUUUGUGACAAGCACUUUUAGCAGACGACAUUUCUAAUAAUAGCAUUUCUCUGUAUUUUCUCGAUUUUCUAUCCAGAAGCAAAGUUUGUUUACUAAGAUAGUUAAACGCUACCUUGACCAAGAUUUCAAUAGGCGAUAGUUUCAACAGUUUUGGAAGUAUUUGGUGCUAUUUGACGUCGGGCACCGGACUUUGAAUUGUGUCAAUAUGGAAGAAUUAAGCUGCUUUCUAGGCAAGUGGGAGGAGCAGUCGAAGGACGGAUUCGAUGAGAUGGCUGUAGCUUUAAAUCUGCCAGGCGAUAAGAUAAAAAUGUACAAGGAAACUAAAACGGCGAUAGCAUACACUCUCAAGGAUGACAGCUCGUGGCAAAUUGAUGUCGGUAUUGUAGGACUUCCUGCGAAGCAGUUUGAGUUCGAACUUGGUAAAGGUUACAAGUCCAAUGACCUCGACGGAACACCAAUGAUGAGUUUGGUAAAAGCAGACGGCUCCACAUUACACGAGGAACACACGUUCGAUGACGGACGGAUGGAAGGUAAACAGAUGACCAUCACAAGGUGGAUUGAGGGAGACUCCAUGAAAGUGAAAACGACGAUGUGCGGUCAUUCCAUGGUUUCUACAUACAAACGCGUGUAAUCCAGUAAAGAAGGGGCCAUUCUGACUAUUUCUUCUUUGAAUAAUAUAGCUAAGUACGUCACCAAAACACUAGCUAUGUGCGUACUGCGUCAGCAUUACGCGUGUACUGCUGAGAAUUGUACAUGUUGUGCCUUCGUGAGAGACAUAAUUGAUUCAUGUAUGUACACGGAACGUCAUGUUGUUUGCCUUGAGGCUGCAGUAAAAAAUGUUCUGUUUUGUGAACUGCUCAAAGUGGCCAUGCUAGACAGAUUUCAAGAGACUAUAGUUAAACCGAGCUUUCAUUAUUCUACGCUUCAUUCAUCUACCAGCUUAUUCUUUGUCGUGGAUCAGAACGGAGCACCACACACAACAAUGUUAUUGCAUGAACAUUAUAAAGACUCUAUGGCCUUCUAAAUAUAGCAUGGUUGAUAGCAAACCAUUAAAUCUGGACAAUUUUCUUCUCUUUUUUUUCAUGUCAACCGUUUUUUAUUUAAAAGGAUGUCUUAAUAUUCUCUAUCAUAGGAGAUAUUGCAACGGUAAUCUACUUCUACCAAAUUGAUUGGCGGUGGCUAUUGGGAACGUUGGUAAUUUAAUAGGCCUCGAAGAUAUAUGGAGACUGUGACAGGAGAUUACGUGAAAUGUGUUGGAUAUUUAUCAAUAAACACCAUGCUGUUCUUCACUUACAAACCUUGAUAUUUAAAAACGUGCACAGUUGAUCACAGCAUGUCCUUUAAUGACUGUUACAUAACAACGCUACUCUACUAUCAUUAUACAGCAAUAAAGCAGUCUGUCUUCAGCAAUUGAUUACCCUAUUUUUAUACUGAAAUUAAUUUAUUGUAAAAUUUAAAUGAUCUAAAGUACUUUAAUACAAGGUAAACGCGUUCGUUUCUGUAAACUUUAAAGACCAUUUAUCACGGACUGAUAAAUUGAUUUAAAUGCAAGCUAACGUAAAGGUGUCGUAAUCGAACACGCCGUGUAUGAUGAUUGUAGUCAAACGCACCCAAUAUUGAAUUCAUUGUUGCUGAUGGUGACCUGAUAGCACAGCAUUUACACUCAACAGUGAAUUGAAUUUUUCAUCAACCAGUUUUUGAUAACUACAUGAAGUAAUUUGAAAAAAAUUACUUUAGGUCUAACGUGUAGAUUCAGUACAAUAUUUCGCAAUAUAACACAACUACCAGGUCAGGAAGGACUGCGAUAUAAGUAUGAUAAUUGUAAAGGCGGGAAUGUCCCGCCCACUUAGUGGGGAGUAACAUGUACCAUGUAUCUCUAUAACUGUGUCGUGGUAUUAGACAGUAUGGGCUUUCAGUGUAUUUAAUUAAGUAAUUGACACUUACUCGAUUAAACAUAAUAAUAUAUAUA